ACACUCACACGCACGUUCACACUUUUUAUUUGCCAUAAUGAACCGUCCAGCCCCUGUGGAGAUCUCCUAUGAGAACAUGCGUUUUCUGAUAACUCACAACCCUACCAAUGCUACUCUCAACAAGUUCACAGAGGAACUUAAGAAGUAUGGAGUGACGACUUUGGUUCGAGUUUGUGAUGCUACAUAUGAUAAAGCUCCAGUUGAAAAAGAAGGAAUCCACGUUCUAGAUUGGCCAUUUGAUGAUGGAGCUCCACCCCCUAAUCAGAUAGUAGAUGAUUGGUUAAACCUGUUAAAAACCAAAUUUCGUGAAGAGCCAGGUUGCUGUGUUGCAGUGCAUUGUGUUGCAGGAUUGGGAAGGGCACCUGUGCUGGUUGCACUUGCUUUGAUUGAAUGUGGAAUGAAGUACGAAGAUGCAGUUCAGUUUAUAAGACAAAAAAGAAGGGGAGCGUUCAAUUCCAAACAGCUGCUUUACUUGGAGAAAUACCGACCUAAGAUGCGAUUACGCUUCAGAGAUACCAAUGGGCAUUGCUGUGUUCAGUAGAAGGAAAUGUAAACAAAGGCUGACUUGAUUGUGGCAUUUAGAGGGAACUCUUGGUACCUGGAAAUGUGAAUCUGGAAUAUUACCUGUGUCAUCAAAGUAGUGAUGGAUUCAGUACUCCUCAACCACUCUCCUAAUGAUUGGAACAAAAGCAAACAAAAAAGAAAUCUCUCUAUAAAAUGAAUAAAAUGUUUAAGAAAAGAGAAAGAGAAAAGGAAUUAAUUCAGUGAAGGAUGAUUUUGCUCCAGUUUUGGAGUUUGAAUUUCUGCCAGGAUUGAAUUAUUUUGAAAUCUCCUGUCUUUUUAAACUUUUUCAAAAUAGGUCUCUAAGGAAAACCAGCAGAACAUUAGCCUGUGCAAAACCAUCUGUUUGGGGAGCACACUCUUCCAUUAUGCUUGGCACAUAGAUCUCCCUGUGGUGGGAUUUUUUUUCCCUUUUUUUGUGGGGGAGGGUUGGUGGUAUAUUUUUCCCCUCUUUUUUUUCUUCCUCUCCUACACCUCCCUUUCCCCCGAUCCAAGUUGUAGAUGAAAUAGAAGCCCUUGUUGCUAUAGAUGUGCGUGCAGUCUGGCAGCCUUAAGCCCACCUGGGCACUUUUAGAUAAAUAAAGAAAAAAACAAAACACCAAAAAAACAGUGAUAUAUAUAUAUAUAAUAUAUAUAAUAUAUAUAGUAUAUUAUAUAUAUAUUUUAUAUAUAUAUAAUAUAUAAUAUAUAUAAUAUAUAGUAUAUUAUAUAUAUAUUUUAUAUAUAUAUAAUAUAUAUUAUAUAUAUAUAUAAAAAAUAUGAUCCAGGUGGUUUUUAGUCUUUACUGAUGAAAGGGUGUUCAUGUUAGUUUCUUUUCCUCAAAACCCUAUCUAAUACUAGGCAAAGUAGCCAAGAGCCUUUUGUUUUGUUUUUAUUUUGAUAAGUUAGUGGAGAAAUGGCAUUUUAAGAGGAGUCUCUUCUCAACUUACCUGAGAGUCAAAUUCUUCUCUUCCCUAACCAGUGAAGCUAAGUGGAUAUCCCAGAAACUUGUCUUCUAAAAGGGAGGACUCCAGGCCAUUAAUAAAGAUGUCCAGGCAGUAAGCGUACUUUCUACACCCUGUAGAAUUGUGGGCUGUAGCGUUACUCUGAUUUUCUGUCUAGUAUCAGAGAAUGCUGGUAGCUUAAAAUUUUUAUUUUAGGACUUGUACUCUGAAUUUUCAGGAACCGUCAAAGGAGCAGCAGCAAAUUCACAUAUUUUCGACUUGAGAAAUGCUUGUGGUGUGUGUUUUCCAAACUGCCCCCUAUAUGUAAAGUUCAGUUUAACCACUGAUUGCCUUGUUAUUACUAGGUUUGAGAUUAAAAAAAAAAAAUCCCUGGUUUAAAACCAACAAUGAUGCCUAGUGAGUAUGUGUCCACAGGCCAUAACAAGGUAGAAGAGAGACAUCGUGCAACCCAAUGAGUAGUGAAGGGACUAUGUUGCUUGUGAAGCGGUGUAGUAGCAUUUUUGCAGAUUCUUUGCUGGGUUUAGUGUACUGGUCUAGAAAAGCUGUUUUUCUGCUCCUUUGUGGAAGGCAGUUACGAUCAGGCUGCAUGGACAAAGCAGGUAGAGGGGCACCAUCAGGAUCUCUUGCACUAUUUUCACCUCUAAAUAUUACAUACUCAGUAGUGCCCUGCUUCUAAGGCUCUGAAUACAGGCUUAAAGUCAUCUUGUCCUGCUGGAAUUUGCUGUGCAGAGCCAUAAGCCUCCCAUUUUGUUAGCGUCAGCUAGGCCAGUAGGAACAGACCGGGACCUUGUCUCACACUGAUGAUACCUCAAAUGUUGGCCGGCUAUGUGAACUGCCUAUUUCCUAUUGCUGGAGUUUUGAUUUUUAACUAAAUGCAAAUCUGUAGAUUCUCUCCUCUCCCAUCCCAGAAAACAAAACAAAAUAAUGCUUUUUGAAAUUGUUUCUAGGACUUUAAAACAUAAUGGUUUAUCCAAAAUUCUUUAUUUCAGAACACAACAAUAGAUUCCAUUAAUAUAGACUCAAGAUCAAAACAGCAUACCUGCUAAGCUAAGAUAGAUGGUGUUGAUUCCACUGGGUUUUGAUCAAUAGAAUAACAAACCUUUUUCCUUGACAUACUCUGAAUUUUGUUGUUUCGGGGAAGGGGUGUGUGUGUGUGUGUGUGUGUGUGUGUGUGUGUGUGUGUGUGUGUGUGUGUGUGUGUGUGUGUGUGUGUGUGUGUGUGUGUGUGUGUGUGUGUGUGUGUGUGUGUGUGUGUGUGUGUGUGUGUGUGUGUGUGUGUGUGUGUGUGUGUGUGUGUGUGUGUGUUGUGUGUGUGUUGUGUGUGUACGCAUGCGCAGUGUCCAUCAGUAUCUGUGCCUGCCUCUGUGUGUGUGUGUACGCAUGCGCAGUGUCCAUCAGUAUCAGUGCCUGCCUGAGUUAGGAAAAUUACAUUCCUGGUUCUGUAUUGAGGAGAAGGAUGUAUAAAGCAACAUGAAACAUUAGCCCUCCUUUUGUUUUAAAGACUAAUGUUAAUUGUUCUUAAAACUGGAUUUUUUUUUCCUUAAAAUUAAAGCAAUUUUUUUCUUUUGGAUUUAAUGAAGUAUUGCUAGCUGAAGCCAGUUUGACAUAGAGAGAUGUCAGAUUGAUUUGAAAGGUGUGCAGCCUGAUUUAAAACCAAACCCUGAACCCUUUUAAAGAACAAUAAAACAUAUUUUACAUGC